AUGUCGCGCACUUUUGGACACACCAUUCGGAAUUGUCGGAGGAUAUUGUCCGGUUUCAUGGUUAAGAAUGAUGGGGUUGUUAUCUGGGUUAUUUUGGAAUUAUUCCACGGCAACCCCGUCUCCAUCAUCACCCUCCCCAACUCGCACAACCCAAGCCACGCCCAAAAACAGAACAUCGCCCAGGAAUUCAACCUUUCCGAAACCGUCUUCCUCUAUACCGACGGCCCCAAUCCCCACGUGGAUAUCUUCAUCCCCGUCAAUGAAAUGGAAUUCGCGGGCCAUCCGAUCAUCGGCACAGGCCAUUUACUUUUCCAACGGUGUGCAACAAAUACCGUGAAUUUAACUGUUAUUACGAAGGCGGGGCCCGUGCCACUUACCUAUGACCGGGAAAGGAAACUCGUGUAUGCGACAGUUCCACAUAAUGUGCAUAUUCAUCAGCGUGAAGCUACAGUUGAGCAGAUUGGUGCUGUACAGCGGGUCAUAUCUGAAUCAUUGGAUCUCUGUGAUCUAAACAAAACAUAUCCGGUCAUUUCUAUAGUGAAGGGGGUUACAUUCGCGCUGGUGGAUCUUACCCAAUGGGGUGAUACCUUCGCUAAGCUUGGUCCGGGGGCGAGUCCCACGCUUGAGCUUGAUGAAGAUUGGAUAUCGUCUCUUACGGGGGUGAUGUAUUAUCGUCUGCUGGAUAGGUAUAUUGAAGGCGGGACGAUGGUUUGGGAUCUUCGGGUUCGGAUGAUUGCGAUUAAUUUGGAGGAUCCGGCGUGUGGAAGUGGGGGGUGUUCGUUGAGUGCGUACUUGGCGCUGUCGCGGGGAAGGGAAUCUCGGGCUCAUCGGUUCAAUAUCAGUCAGGGAGAAUAGAUGGGGAGGGAUAGUCGGAUUGUGGUUGAUAUUUGGUUGGAUGCUGACGGGGGAGGGUAGAGGAGGUGAAGCUUGCAGGCCAGGCGACAGUAG